AUGUGCCAAAAUAUUAUUUCGGGUCGUUUCCAUAGUGCAUGCGGCCACUUUGAGCCCAUGUCAACCUCGCGUCAAGACUGCAUGCGCCCGGAUUGCAUAUUCAGCGCUCGACAUGAACAUCCCGGCGGUCAGCGCUACGCACCUGCGCCUCGUGCGCCUGUCGUCGACGUCCGAUCCGGUUGCAAAUGCGCCCGUAUGAUGGCCCAGCCGAUCCGCAACCCCAUCCGUGUCAGUCCGGCUCGCUGUGCCAACUGCCUCGAGCGCGACCGCGUCGUCUGA